GACAGUUAUUUGCUGCUGAGAGUGCCAUGGAGAUUCUAUCGACCUCAUCAGCGUUUACUCUAUUAGCGAUCACUUUGAUCACGAUAACCUUAUUCAAGUUCUUUGCAACGAUAUAUCGAUAACAAACUUAUUGGAGAAAGAACAACGUGCCUCAUAUUAGAUCCAUCCCAAUACCUGGUCCAGUUUUUGGUCCGUGGAAAAUUAUUCAUCAAGUAUAGUGACAUCAUUUAUAAUUACUAUCUCAAUGCAAGAUACAUUGGAGCGAUAGAUUUUACCUCGCCAAAUCUAUUAAUUCGUGAUCCGAAAUUGAUUCGAGAAAUAACUGUGAAGAGCUUCGAGCAUUUUACACAUCAUAAAACGUAUUGUAUAUCGACGAGCACAUGGAGCCUCUAUUUUCGAAGAACAUUUUUUUCGCUACGAGGUCAACGUUAGAAAGAAAUGAGGAAUAUCCUCUCUCCUUUCUUUACUGCUAGCAAAAUGAGAUUCAUGUUCGACUCGAUAUCAAAGUGCUUGCAACAAUUUGUCGAUUAUUUGUACGAUCAUCCAAAAUAUACUUCAUCGAUAGAUGCGAAAGACGCUUUUACUAAGUUUACUAACGACGUGAUUGCAUCAGUUUUCUUCGGAGUCAGUGUGAAUUCAAUGGAAGAUAGAAACAACGAGUUUUCCGUCAAGGGGAAAGAUGUUUUCGCCAGUUUCACCUGAAGUAUUGUUAAGAUGUUGUAAAUGCAUUUCUGUCUACGAAUAUUCAAUAUAUUAGGGAUCACGAUUAUUCCAGUUACUACCUCAAAUCUUUUUCGCAAAGUUAUAUUCAAGAAUUUGGAAGAACGCGAAGAACGAGGUAUCGUCAGACCGGAUAUGCUACAUUUGUUAAUGCAGGCCAGGGACAAGGAUAAGAUGGCUAUUUAUCACAUGGAUAUUGACGAUAUCGUAUCACAAGCAUUUAUUUUCUUCUUGGCUCGCAUUGAUUCAUCUUCAAAUUUUAUGUGUUACUUUUUACAAGAGUUAUCCCUAAAUUCUGAUAUACAAAAAAAAUUACGUAAUGAGAUAGAUCGUUAUUUGGAUUUUGGAAUAUAUGAAGGCGGUAAUGUCGGAGACCCUUAGAAAGUAUCCGAUGCUAAUUAUCAUGGAUAGGCAAUGCACGCGAAAAUUCGAAUUUUCUCCAACGGAUGUGAUGCUAUCAUUUUAUAUCUUGGUGAUACCAUUUGGUUGUCUGUGUACGCGUGACAUCA